AUGCCCAUUCCAAAGUACCCUGUCCUUUUCUACAAGCCCAAGACUGCAUUGAGUGCUACUGGUGACGAUAUUGUAGUUCCCACACCUGCAUUGAUCAAAAACCAAACAGACUACGAAUGUGAGUUGGUUGUAGUCAUUGGUCGCGAAUGUAAAGACAUUACCCCCGAACAAGCCUAUGAUUAUAUUUUAGGAUAUGCCGUUGGCAACGACGUUUCUCACCGUGACUGGCAAUUGAACAGAGGAAGUCAAUGGAACCUCGGCAAAAUGUUCGACGGAUUCGCUCCAUUUGGACCUGCCAUUGUCAGCAAAGAGGUCACUGGAACCCCCGACUCACUCCAGAUUUACGCCAAGCUCAAUGGCGACAAUCUAGUACAAAACGAAUCCACUGGCGACAUGAUUUUCAACGUCCCGGCUGCCGUCUCCUUCCUCAGUCAAGGCACAACUCUUCUUCCUGGCGAUGUUAUCUUCAUGGGCACACCCUCCGGCGUCGGAAUGGGCCGAAGCCCACCUGUCUGGCUCAAAAAUGGCGACGUUGUCGAAGUCGGCCUGAGCAAAGUUGGCUCCAUUGUCAAUAAAGUUGUUUUCGAGGACCAGCGAGCUAAACUCUAG